UGCCCCGGAAAAGGGGAAUCCUAGCAUAAGUUCUGAGCGUUCUGCUCUUUGGAGACCCUUGCGGAGGAUGACUCAGGAGGAGGCUGGGAGGCUGCCCCAAGUACUGGCCCGGGUCGGGGCCUCCCACGGCAUCACCAACCUGGCCUGCAAGCUCCGCUUCUAUGACAACUGGGCCCCGGAGUACGACCAGGAUGUGGCUGCUUUGAAGUACCGAGCCCCCUGCCUUGCUGUGGAAUGUCUCAGCCAAGCCCUUCUGGGCCCACCCCAUGAUGCCCUGAUCCUGGAUGUGGCCUGUGGCACUGGCCUGGUGGCUGUGGAGCUGCAGGCUCGGGGCUUCCUCCAGGUGCACAGGGUGGAUGGGAGCCCAGAAAUGCUGAAGCAGGCCCAGGCACGUGGCUUGUACCACCGCCUCAGCCUCUGCACUGUGGGCCAGGAGCCGCUGCCCAACCCUGAAGGGACCUUUGAUGCUGUGAUCAUAGUGGGAGCCCUCAGUGAGGGGCAGGUGCCCAGCAGCGCCAUUCCUGAACUCUUAAGAGUCACCAAGCCAGGUGGACUAGUAUGUCUGACUACCAGGAGCAACCCAUCCAACCUUCCCUACAAGGAGGUGCUGGAAGCAACCUUAGACUCCCUGGAGCAGGCUGGAGCAUGGGAACGCCUGGUGGCCCAGCCUGUGGAGCAUUGGGAACUGGCGACUUCAGAACAAGAGAUGGAACUGGGUACCUGUGCAAACCAUGGCUUCAUCUCCGGCAUCAUCUACCUUUACCGAAAGCAGGAGAGAGGCCAGGGUGAGGGAGGGAGGCCCAGUGUCCAGGCCCCAGUUGACCCCUGAUCCUCUGUGUGUGGUCCUAGCCUGGCUGGUCCUCUUGGCCUUCUCUCCUGUGUCUGUAGAAAUGGGUCCAUCUUGUUGGGAGGCCCUGCUCAUCAGAGGUUACAGUCU